CCUCUUGGCGCCGCCGCUCCCGCCUCCUCUUCCCCAAACACCGCCACUCAAACCAUCUCGAGCUAAAGCCCCGCUCCCCGCCAUUGCGGUCGUCACCAUCCUACGAGCUCCAAAUUCCCGCAGUCGCUCGCGGGAGAUGCGUUUGCGCGAGCUCCUGAGUGGUACCUCCUUAUGAUACGGGGCGCUCGCGCACCUCCCUUCCGAGUAGCCCGGCUGUUCUGGCCUUCGCGCCGCCUAUGCGGCGACGAUUCAAGAACCGGUGUCGAGGUGCCCGGCACUGGGCGGCAGGAUGAUGGAUGCAUUCAUGAGGGAGCUGGCGAGACGGGCUUAGAUCCGGCGACCGUUCCGCCCGAAGUCCUCCUCCAAAUGCCGCCGCCGCCGCCGCCCCUGCCCGGCCAGCCGGAGAGCGGCGACUAUGAUGCCGAAAAUUCGUCCUCUGGUUCCGGUUCCAGGCGGAUGCCCCGUGAGGAAUCGAGGCUGGCAGAGAGGAUUCUCAAGGUCCUGCUGCAGGAUGGCCCGGGGUUCAGCGCCCGCCAGGCGCUCGACGAAAUGAACCUGAAGGUGACCAACGAGCUGGUCAGACAGGUGAUGUUCAAGUUUGUUGCGUCUGUUGAUAUUGUCAACCGCGAGAGGUACCCGAGGCUGGCAUACAAGUUCUUCGUGUGGACAGGGCAGCAGGAGGGGUACCGCCAUAACACCAGCAUGUACAACCUCGUUAUGAAGGUCUUUGCUGAGUGCGGGGAGGUUAAGGCGAUGUGGCGGCUGCUUGAGGAGAUGACGGAGAUUGGGCUGCCUGUCUCUGCUCGUACAUUCCACAUUUUGAUAUGCACAUGUGGGCAGGCUGGGUUGAGGCGGAGACUGGUGGAAAGGUUCAUCAAGUCAACUAGUUUCAACUACCGCCCGUUCAGGAGUUCGUUCAAUGCGAUCUUGCACACACUCUUGACGAUAAAACAGUACUCUUUGAUCGAAUGGGUUCACCAGAAAAUGGUAACGGAGGGGCACACUCCUGAUGUAUUGACAUACAAUGUGGUCAUGCGUGCAAAGUAUUUGCUUGGCAAACUGGAUCAGUUCCAUAGAUUGCUUGAUGAGAUGGGAAGGAAUGGGCUUACGCCUGACCUUCAUACUUACAAUCUCUUGCUUCAUGUGCUUGGUAAAGGAGACAAACCGCUUGCAGCUCUCAAUUUACUGAAUUAUAUGAAUGAUGUUGGUUGUGUGCCGAGUGUGCUCCAUUUCACAAACUUGAUAGAUGGUCUUAGCCGUGCUGGUAACCUGGAAGCUUGCAGGUAUUUCUUUGACGAGAUGGUGAAGAAAGGGUGUGAACCGGAUGCUGUCUGCUACACUGUUAUGAUUACGGGCUAUGUGGCAGCGGCAGAAUUUGAGGAAGCUCAGAAGUUGUUUGAUGAUAUGUUGGUGAGGGGGAAGCUUCCAAAUGUGUACACCUACAAUUCAAUGAUACGCGGGCUUUGCAUAGUAGGUGAGUUUGAUAAAGCUUGCUCUAUGCUGAAGGAUAUGGACUUGCACGGAUGCACACCAAACUUCUCGGUGUAUAGUACUUUAGUGUGUAGAUUGCGAAAUGCUGGAAAGGAUUCUGAAGCUAAUCAUGUUAUUAAGUACAUGACAAAGAAGGGCCAAUAUCUUCAUUUGUUGUCGAGGUUUGGGGGAUAUAGAAGAUGCUGAGGUGAGAGGGCCUAUAGUAAAAUGCAGAGUUGCUUGUAAUUUGGUUGUUUCUUAUUCAGAAAGAGAAGUCAUAAGGGAAUAUCCCGUGUAGCCAAUUACACUAUAAUCGUUAUAUACUUUGUGUGUCA